AUGGUGCGUGUGCACAUGCGUGAGUUUAUUUGAGCAUGCGAGCGUUGUGUGUGUGUAUCAUCAGCGGCAAUACAAUUUCUAACCCAUCAAUAUGUUCUCUCCCUCCCAUCCUUCUCCUACUAGACGGUAUAUAAGCCCUGGCUGUGCUCGCAGUACUUCCAGACCACCCAGAUGCACUGCAGUAAGAGGAUCCCAUGUGGCCAGUACUGUCUGGAGGUGCAGCAGAGGUGUCCCUAUAUCCUGCCUGACAACGACGAUCUCAUCCACGGAGGAAGCCCCAGUUUUAUAUGCACAGGUACAACCUUAUAUACUGUACUGUACACAGGUUAUAUGCUUAGGGACACACAGAAUGGGCUGAAUAGGGAGAUUACUCCCUGUUGAACAUGGAGUUCAACUACAGGACUGAUAUGUUACAAAUAACUCAUGGAACGAAAAUGCCCCACCCAAAAUAUUUCACCUUUAUUUAUACUGAUAAGUCAAUUAAGAACAAAUUCUUAUUUACAAUGAUGACCUGCCAGGGAGCGGGCGCAGCACGUAUAACACACAAGUAGGAGGCUAACAAUAUCAUACAAUCAACAGUCAAUAAGAGAGUCAGUAAGACAGUCAGUAAGACAUUAAUAGGCAGCAUUUAAGAGGUAGGGAGAAAACACAUACAGUUAUCAGUUAACAUCUCAAAACAGUUUGUUUUCAAAAGUACCAAUGGACACAAAUCAAAUCAAAUCUAAAUCAAAGAGCUCAGUUUCAGAGUUUUUUGAAGGACGGUCCAGUCUCUAGCAUUGGAGAAUUGAAAACCAUUUUCCCCAAAGAUACUGAGAGUCUUGGGGAUUGCCAGCUUUAUGUAAUUGCUGGAUCUCAGGUUGUUGUUGGUGGUGUCAUAGUCUUAGUAGUGAGCUGAGUUAAACGGGGGUCUUGCCCACGAGGAAUAUGUAUAUGAAUGUGAGCCAGUGGGUUUGAUGUCGUACAUGCAGGGAUGGCCAGUUAAUGGAUGAAUAUAAGUCACAGUGAUGGGUUUUGAUUGGGGCACUAGUAACAAAGCGAAUGGCAGAGUGUAACUGUUGUAGUGUGAGAUAUGCUGUAGAGCACACAUCAUUAUGUAUGUCAAACAUACACUAUACAAAUGUAUGUGGACACCCUUCAAAUCAGUGGAUUCGGCUAAUUCAGCCACACCCGUUGCUGACGUGUGUAUAAAAAUCGAGCACAUAGCCAUGCAAUCUCCAUAGACAAACAUUGGCAGUAGAAUGGCCUUACUGAAGAGUGACUUUCAACGUGGCACCGUCAUAGGAUGCCACCUUUCCAACAAGUCAUUUCGUAAAAUUUCUGCCCUGCUAGAGCUGCCCCGGGUCAACUGUAAGUGUUGAUAUUCUGAAUGGGAAACGUCUAUAAGCAACAACGGCUCAGCCGCGAAGUGGCCACAGAUCUAGUAAUCCAUGUUGAUUUAUCUGUCAGAAAUAUAAUAUGAAUUCGUGCCUUCUGAAGCUUAUUCAUUUUGUUUUGUGCUGAGUUGGUGCUGCUUUCCUUAGUGUUGAAAACAUCUGAUCUGUGUGUGUGUGUGCAUUCGCGUGUCUACAUGCGUCUGUGUGUGUACACCCCUUUGUGUGUUUCCAAACACACACUCUGAAAGCGUGGCCUGUCAGAUCGGAGCUGUAACCGUUUUUGAGAUUUUAAUCUCUUUAACGUCAAACAGUCUAGAGUGGGAGACAACUUAGCCCUCCUCACAAGUUCACCCACUCACAUAAGCAUGCACACCACUCACUGACACACACAGACACACAGCCCGCAAGGAGGGAGCAACAGUCGUGGUUGUUAGAGUACAGAAGAUAAUCCAUUGUCCAAUCCAAAAUUAACCUAUAGCCUCUACCAGACUACUACGAGACACUUUUUGAUUUGAGAGGAUCAGAUGCUUGUACUAAUGUUGGAAACAAGAUUUAGGAGUGAUUAGGAUUUUUCUUACACACACGUUAUAUUUGUAGGGGUGUCAAGGGGUAAGGCUAAGAGAUGUAUAUUCUUUUGAUUUUUAUCUUAUGUUUGUUGUGUAGUAAAUAUUUCAGCUUAAAUUUUCAUUGUUUUUUAUUAGUUUUUUCCUGUAAAGCACAUUGCAUUGCUUUCCAAGUCUGAAGUGUGCUGUAUAAAUAAAGCUUGAUAUGAUUUAAGAUGAGCAGAACUGUGUAUGGUACUGUAGCCUAUGUUUGCAUAUGGUCUAAAUAGCGUUGACAAAAAAAUACAUUUAUCCUACUAGUUGUAUAUUGAGUAGUAAACGUGUGUUCCUCCUCUGCAGGGCUGUUGGAGGAGUACCCUGGGGGCGUGGAUGCAGACGCAGAGUGCUGUGAUGUCUGGUGGGACUUCCAGCCGGAAGCGGACAACAACCGUUCCCGGGGGACCCUUAAAAGAACUCACCCAUCCUGUCACCACCGUACCUCUCUCAGUUCUUCGGCCGCAUGCAGACUGUGCAACAGCCGGCUCAAACUCUGCCUGCUAGUCCUGGUCCUCCUGCACACUGUCGCCUCCCUCACCGCAUCCCACAAUGCAACAGGACUGGGCCUGGGCCUCCCCGCCUCCCUCACCCCUCUGGAGGAGAGUUCCCCCGCCAACGAGGAGUGA